AGCAAACAGAAUGACUAGAGCCCAAGUCAGGCCUGAGACAAGGCUCAUGCAAAGAAGGCUGAGAAAAUAAGUAUCACUUCAGUCAAUGGCCCAAAUACUUGAUUUGGUCCCAUGGCCAAAAGAUGGCCAUAAUAUCUGUGCCAUCCCUGCUGUUCUCCUGCCCGUGGAGCCAAGGACUUCCAGACUGGCUGGAGUAAAGGACAGGCUUUACCACCCAGCCCUGCCAACCUUACGUCAGAUGGACAUGGACACGGCAAUGAACAAACUCCCUGAUGAACAUUCCCAGACAGCCACUGCAUGCACCAAAGAGGAUUUCAACAAUUCAACGUUCACAUUGGUGGGAGUUCCCAACAUGCGCCUCCCAAGCCUGGGGAUGACAGAAUUGGGAAGGUCACUGACUGCAAAGUACCAAGCCAGGAAGAUGGCUCCUUUCCUCCCUGGCACUGGCCAGGAUGAAUGGCCAAGCUACACAUGUGCAAUGGAUGACUGGUCACGAUUUGUCUCUUCUGCUGGAGAGUACAGGCUGCCCAGCAUCAAUAAGAAAGUGCUUGGGUUCAGUUAUUAUGCUGUUAGAUAUCUAAAGCCUGAAGUCACACAGACAUGGAGGUACUGCCUCAAUCAGAACCCCAGCCUGGAUCAAUAUGGUCAGAAGCCCAUCCCUUACACCAGCAACAACAUAUUUAGGAGCUUUGGGACAGCAUACAGCCGCUCUCACUACCUACAGCCUUGGCGCUAGACAGCAGGAAACAGGAAAGGGUGUGGAGCCCAAGGUGAAUCUGAUCGGCAUUUGGCAGCCAGCUUCCACAAGUCCCAUGAGAAUAGGAUCUAACAGCAGCCCUGUGGAUGACCAGUAUAUACACAUGGUGCUUCCUAGCAAAUAAAAAUGUCUCUGAAAACAAAAGAUGCCUAAAUAGAAGAGGCUGAACUAGAAGGCACUUCCCAGGGAUUUUCAGACCUUUCUCCCUUUUCCCCCAGUGCCCUUUUAACAUGAGCUAUGAGGAAUGGAAACAACAGCCCAUGCCUUUUUGUUUGUGGGGCACCAUGAGCUGAAGAAAAAUGUUUUCUGGGCAU